GAGAAAGAUCCAGGGGGAAACAGAGGGAAGGCACAGAGGCAGCGGCAAAGGAUUGUUCUAGUGGAAGAAAGGCAGGAAAAUAGCCAGCGGUUGUUUUCCUGACAUCUGAAAGCAAUGGAUAAUGUUAGUGAUGUGCCUGAGCCAAAACCCCAGAGCCAAACACCUCCACAAACCACGGGUCCUCAGAAUCCAAACCUGGAUCCAGUUCCACAACCGAGUUUUCCAGGUUUAUUAGAUUGCUGUGCAAGAUGUCUUAUUGGGGCACCUUUUGCCUCACUGGUUGCCACUGGGUUGUGUUUCUUGGGGGUAGCACUCUUUUGUGGCUGUGGGCAUGAAGCACUCACUGGCACAGAGCACCUGAUCGAGACCUACUUCUCCAAAAACUAUCAGGAUUAUGAGUUUCUGAUUGAUGUGAUCCAUGACUUCCAAUAUGCCAUUUAUGGGGUUGCCGCUUUCUUUUUCCUCUUUGGAGCCCUCCUGCUGGCCGAAGGCUUUUACACCACUGGCGCUGUCAGGCAGAUCUUUGGCGACUACAAGACCACCAUCUGUGGCAGGGGCCUCAGCGCUACGGUAACAGGGGGCCACAAGGGGAGGGGUUCCAGAGGACACCGUCAAGCUCACUCUUUGGAGCUGGUGUGUCACUGUUUGGGAAAAUGGCUAGGACAUCCUGACAAGUUUGUGGGCAUAACCUAUGUCUUGGCCAUCAUAUGGCUCCUGGUCCUGGCCUGCUCUGCUGUCCCUGUCUACAUCUACUUCAGCACAUGGACAACAUGCAACUCCAUUGCAAAUCCAAGCAAGACUUCAGCUAGUAUUGGCAACCUAUGCACUGAUGCCAGGAUGUAUGGUGUUCUACCCUGGAAUGCAUCUCCAGGAAGAGUGUGUGGACAGAGCCUUCUUUCCAUCUGCAAGACAGCUGAGUUCCAGAUGACUUUCCAUCUGUUCAUUGCAGCAUUUGUUGGGGCUGCAAUCACACUGGUGGCACUGCUCACUUACAUCAUUGCAGCCACCUACAACUUUGCAGUCCUCAAGCUCAUGGGCCGGGGCACAAAGUUCUAAACGACGAGGGAGUUGAUGUCGCAUCUACAAGGCGCCCUUCGUCCCCUAACGACAAGGCUUUAACCUGAUGCAGUCACGCUACACCAAGCCUCCUCCUCUAACUCUGCCCAUUGCCCUCCUCUUCCUCUACGCUAUUUGACACUGGGUGUGUGGCAAGGGAGAAGAGACACCCCACUCCAGCAGCAGAGCUCUUUGCACCCCGGUACCUCUGAAAUUAUCUGGCCUCGUGGCAAAA